AUGCAAGGAUUCGCAGAGGCUUUAGAGAACCUCCUGGCUAGCCGGGACAAGGAGGGCAAAAACAAGCUAGAGUUUAUCCAGCGAUCGCUUUUCCAGUAUCUUUGGCGACAUCAGGGGGUCCGCUUAGCGGAGAACUCUGAGCAAGCUUUGUAUGAGGCUCAGGCUGUGCUGGCUUUCAACCUCGAUCCCAAGGAAGGUGUCAAGUACCUCAAGGGUAAGCUUGGCAAAUCGACGGCAGUCGAGGUGGGCCAGUGGCUGGCGCAAAUGUCCACGGUCAAUGGAGGCCUGGACCCGACCUUGUUGGGGAAUUACUUCAGCCGGAGAGAUGCUCUCGAGGUCUUCAAGGAGUUCGUCUUCUGCCUGGAUUUCGCAGGAAUGAACUUGGUCGUGGCAUUGCGUAAGUCCCGGGUGCUGGACUGGCAGCAGUCCUUGCAUUUGUUUGCUAGCUACAUGAACGCGGCCCACACUGAGCAGCUACUGGUCGAGAUGCCGAUUUUCAAUGCAGCAAUGACAGCAUGCGAAGUUGGCAGCCGAUGGGCCGAGGCCCUGGCACUUCUGCUCUCUGCCGAGAAUGCUGGCCUGGUGCCAACGGUUGUUUCUCUCACUGCUGCCAUGUCAGCUUGCCGACAAGGUCGGCAGUGGCACCGGGCGAUUCAGAUUUUCGAUUUGGCAACACGUCACCGAAAGGUCCAUGCUGACGAGGGCCUAUUGGGUGCAGCCAUUGCCAGCGCGGCGUCCGGGCAGCAAUGGGAGCUUGGUCUCCACAUCCUCUUUUCGGCUUCCCAGUACGGUGUUGUGCCCAACCUCCCGAUGAGGAAUGCGGGUAUUCUGGCUUGUGAGAAGGGUCGUCAGUGGCAGCUUGCCUUGUCACUCCUAGAGCAGAGUGCACGCAGCGGAAUGCGGGUGUCCUUGAUCACUGCAAACUCCACGUUGUCGGCGUGCGAGAAGGCCAGGCGAUGGGAACAAGCCUUAGCCCUCUUUGAGGCGAUGCGAAGACAAAGUUUUCAGCCCGACCCGGUGACUUGGACGGUGGCCAUUGGUGCCUUGGCAGCUGGCCGCCUCUGGCAAACCGCGCUGCGCAGCUUCUGGGACUUGUGCCACUUACGUACGGCAUCACACACCACACUCACCACCACCUUGUCUGCCUGCGAAAGAGCGCUCCGUUGGGAGGAUGCCGUGCAGCUGCUCCAGCUUUGGUCCGCGCAAAGUGGCAGCAUGGAGUUGGCGUCCAUAGCUGCGGCUCGCAGCAGCAGCUGGAGAUGGGCAGUGUUUCUUGCAGCCCGUGCAGUGGAUUCUGGGGAUUCCGCUGAGUCCGGAAGUUUCGCACAGCACCACGCGGCCCAGUGUCUGGAGCUCUCUGGAUGCUGGGGCCACAACCGUCAGUUCUUGCCCAGCUCAGAAACAGCUCUUGGAAUUCGUCGUCUGAAGGUGUCCUUGCCGCAGCCCAGCAAUGGAGAGGCCUCUCUAGGGACUCUCGGGGGCCGUGGUGAGCAACUCAAGUGGCUGGUGCAUCCGGGCACAGCCGCCAGCAAUGCUUUGUGGUGCUUGACCAGCCGCGACUUUUCGGAAGCAUCUUGCAUGUCCUGGGAUCCUCCUGGAAUUGGUGCAGGAAAAAGCCUGCUGAGCAGCAUGUAG